AUCUAAUUCUACUUCUAGAUUAGUUUAUACGAGAAUCUUUGUUUAUGUCCUGUUUUGUUAAUCCAAAGUUGAAUCUAUGGUGUGGAUUAGAUUUGGAAUAAAGCUGUAAAGUUUGUAACAUUUUGUGCAAAAAUCUUGGUGGAAUCUAUAGAUUAGGAUUGCUUAAAUUGGAUUUGUUUCUUAUAAUGAAAAUCUGGCAAUGUGCUCUAGUAUGGGGUUUAGUUAUAAUUUAUUUGUUUCUCCAAUUACAAUGGUAGCUUAAGGUCAUUUAAUAGUAAAUUGUAGUCGUGUAUGUGACUUGAUCAGCUUUCUAACUUAGCUGUUGUUUGAUGUGUGGAGUUAUAACGUCAACUAUAACUCUGAUAGGUCUUUUGUAGCCUGACUUGGUUUCAUUAACUAUAUUUUGGAUGAGUUUUUUUUUUAAGAAUCCUAUUUUACAGCUCAUUUUCCUUUUCAAAUAUACUGACUGAAAUGCUUCUUAUUUCUUCUAAAGUCACUGCUUUUUAUAGGCAUCAAAGUCAUUGUCUCCCACUACAAAAAAGAAUAUGAAAAAAAUAAAAAAUAAAAAAAACCCAACUAUCUUCCCAAACACAAAAAAAAAUUUCUCCAAUAAUAUCGUACAACUAAAAAAACUUACAAAAAAACCCACUUCCCAAACUUUGUUUUCUGUUAAUCUGAGGUUGACAAAGAGAAUCCCCUUCAAGAUGAUAUUAGUAGAGUCAAUGAGGAUGAUUUAGCACUACACUCUAGCAAAAGAAGUACAGAAUUUGAGUCCAAUAAUUUGUUUUGAGCUUGAGGAAGACUUGAAAGUGUCUAUGGAUGCAGGUGUCCCUCAAGCCACAUCAGGAGAUGAUUGCUACUCACUGGUUGAGCGAAUUGAUUACAUGGCUAAACAUUCUGAGAACUUGGAUCUAGCGAAGGAAAGGGAAAUAGAUGAAGACCCCACCACAACAGGCAAAUACAUAGACUCAAGUUGCGUUGUGGCCCAUAAUGGAGUUGAUGAUGACAAAGCUUCUGUUUUUGCAGGGCAGAACUUACUAGAGUUUGAAGAUGGUGACAGCCCUGGUGAAUUAAGGAACCUGGAGUUGGUUGUUGAGGACUAUUUAGCUGAAUCUAAUGAAUGCAGUAGUUCAAUGAAAACCUCUGAAAAUGUAUAUGUGGAAGCUGGGCAAAUUAACAUUGUUGAUCUCUCUGAGAUAGAAAGAAUCAGACCCACUACAGAUUCUAGAUCGUCUGAGAGAGAAGUUGCAGACAGUGCCGGCAAUACAGCUUUGAGCAGCAUUGAGAAAGUUUCUGAAGAUACUUACAUAAGAAGAUAUGAAUCUAGCAGCAAUUCUUGUUAGAAGCAGCAGCAUCGUUUAAUGGAGGUUUGCACGCAAAAU